AUGGAGUCUUUCAAUUUCAAGAACAUCAAAGCAGAGAAGGCAAACGCAAUUCUUAGGUACAAAAGGCUUCAAAGGAUCACAACCCUAUUCCGUGCCAUGGAGAUUUGCAUAUUUUUUGUCAUAAUCUCAAGAUUUUCUACUCAGUUGACAUUUGUUUCCAAGCUUUUUGCUGAGUAUUUCAGGGAACUCCCACUCGCCCUCAUUAGUCCCGGGUUCGUCUUUGUGCUUGGAAAUGUGAUCGUCAUCGUUUUGUUCUUGAAAUCUAGAGAGUCAUAUGCUAAAGAUAAUUCAUCAACCAGCACCAUAACCGAUUUCCAUGAUGAGUAUAUGAAAGAAUGUGCAAAACACAUAACCAAUUACAGUGAACAGAGCAUAAGCAAUUGCAGAGAACAGAGUCUGAAACAGGGGAAACAGAGUAUAAAUAAUUACAGGGAACAGAGUGUGAAACAGUGCAUUCUUGGAGAGAGAGAAGUUGGAAGGAAAAUUCGAAAGAGCCGUUCAGAAAACUUGCUGUGUGUCCCCCAGCAUGAGGAGACUAGACGAGAACUGAGGCGAUCGGCGACGGUGGUAUGCCGGAGAAAUGUGGAUGAUGAGAUGAGUAGUGAAGAUUUCAGGCGAACAGUGGAGGAUUUCAUUGCCAGGCAACAAAGAUUAUUGAGGGAAGAAGAAGAGUUUUCAGCUGGUGUUUCUUGUGAUGCCUAG